UGUUAAACAAAAUCUCGUAGGAAAAUUACGUAAAAGAUCAGUCUUGUCCAAAAUGCGACCGGCCCAUUCGCAUCAGUACAUUCUCCCGCGCAAAAAAGAGACAACUGACCAGCCGACACGUCGUACUGAACAAACUGCACGGCUGCCGUCAUCUUAUUUGAGCCGUAUAACGUGUCCCGCUAGACGAGCGUUCCACCGACAAAACGACUGUGACAAUGAAAGAAAGCGAUCGUCUAUCAAAAAAACGUACUCCAAAAAAGCCAGGUACUCUAGUAGUCCAAUAUUCCAAAACUAUGCGAAAUCAACGGACGACGAUAUUGGCCUUGAAGGAAGAGAACGCAAAAAACCUGGCCACCGGGAAAUUUGCCCACAGAAAUGUGGUUGUGUCCAUCGUGCGUACUUGACCGUUAGCAAUAAAAACUUUAAUAAUAACACUGGGUCACGCAUACAAAGUGCGGACUUGGUUGCAAGAAAACUAAAUUCACGUGAAGAGCACGAUAUUGAAAACUGCUACUGGAUCGGAAAAUCGUGUGGAACAGACAGUUCGGAUUUGGAUCGAAGAAAACCAAGACCAAUUCCUCGUGAACACCGGUAUCUUGAAGGCUUGAACCGCAAUAGAAAACCACAUUGUAUAUAUAGUGUGGGCGCAGAUGCAAGAAAACUAAAUCCAAAUUCAUACGAACAGCGAUAUGUCGAAGGCUUUAAUCGCAACAGAAAGCAACGCAGUUCUGAUAGUGACACUCUUAAUAACCAUCUGAAGUACGGUAGUUUUGGGAGAAAUUUAAAUAGAAAAAGGCAAGAGAACCAAGCUGGACUAACAGCAGUCCACACAGUGUGUCCUCGGACUAGAGAAAAGCAGCACAGUGCUUUGCAGCCUCUGUCGCCAAAUCGCUUAUAUCCCAGAACCAAACCAAAAACACCCGUUACGCGCUUCUCGGAUUGUCGGCGUACUUCAGAACGAAAGUCUACUGGUUACGGCGCCAUCGAAAAACCAGUACGCCUCGUCUUUCACACGCUGAACUCGAAGAGAAAACACAAAUUAACGGUCUCAGAAACAAUACACGUAGAUAUAAAACCACACAAAUUAAAAUAUAUACCAACGGAUCCUAAACAAGCAAGUAAUACCACAGAUUCAAAUACACUAACUAAUCGGUCAUCUUCCUCUUCCUACACGGGAUCAUCUAAAAAUAUAUAUGGAAAUACAGUUUCGUCACAAAAUGCAGAUUUUCCGCCAAAAAAUAUAUUCACACAAUCCAAUAGAAAUACAACAACGUUCUCUGGAGUUUCCUAUGGAGUGACCGCGUCGUGUAGGAACGUAAGUGUAAAAAAACCUAGGGGUAGUAUCUCUUCACCUGACCAUCGAAAGCUACUACCCGUAUCUAGUAAUAAAUGUAAACAUUUGUAAAUUAAUUUGUAAAUAUAGAACUCAUUAUGUCUGCAGUUGACGUUAAGUUAUAGUGGUUGUCUCAAAUCUUAUUUAUUAUCCACGCAUAAAAGGACAAGAUCGUACAUACAUUACGUACGUACAUAUCAUAAAUCCUGUAUGGUGUGUUCAAAAACCGCAAAUUACAAUCAGCCU